AUGAUUGAAGCGGGUUUCGAUCUCGAACUGGAUCCUCGCAAUCAAGCUUGUGAUGACACUACAAUCACAUCUGAUGGCGUACAUAUGUCCCAUCUACCUGAUAACCAAGAUCCCUUCGCGUGUAUGAGGGGCGGUGCUCCAAGCAAACUUGAUCCAAUCGUUGAUGAACCACCAAGUACCAUUGGUGAGCUUUCAACAAAAGAGCAGAAUCAGGAUGACAUCAUUUCUGAAGCAAGCUCCGUAGGGCCAGAUUAUCGACCCUCCCACAACGGAGACCCAGCUUCACGACAUCAAGGUGCUACAAUUGACGACUUUUCGAUUGGAAUGGAAGCAAAUGGAAUGCCAUAUUUGCGACCGUCAAAGACAGUAAAAGAGAAAUUUGAUCAAGAACAAAAACGUCUCAACGAUGAACUAGAUCGACAAUUAAAAGCAAAGGGCUGGAUGGACCCAGACGUGGCCAAGACUUGUAACGAAAUUGCACAACAGAAAUUUGAUCAAGAAAAAAGACGUCUAUGGGAGGAACUUGAUCAACAAUUGCACGAAAAUGGUUUGGAACAUGGUUUGAUGGACCCAGAUGUGGCUUUGAAAUACAACGAUAUUGCAAGGCACCUUGUUCAAGAAGGUGGACUUGAGGAAGCCAUGGAAGUUUUAGAACAGAGGUUGAAAAUUGAAAAGAAAAUCUUUCAAUGUGAUCAUCAUCCGAGAAUGGCAUCUACAUUUCUUAAUAUAGGGGUUGUCUUGAGCAAUCAAGGCAAGUACAAGGAGGCAAUGGAGCAAUACCAAAGGGCGCUUGAGAUCGAAUUGAAGGCACUUGGACCGGACCAUUCCUCGACGGCAAGAACAUAUCACAGCAUUGGAAACGUCUUGUAUGAUCAAGGCAAGUACAAGGAGGCAAUGGAGCAAUACCAAAGGGGGCUUGAGAUCAAAUUGAAGGCACUUGGACCGGACCAUUCCGAUAUGGCAGCAACAUAUCACUGUAUUGGAAACGUCUUGAGAGAUCAAGGCAAGUACGAGGACGCAAUGGAGCAAUACCAAAGGGCGCUUGAGAUCAAAUUGAAGGCACUUGGACCGGACCAUUCCUCGACGGCAGCAACAUAUCACCGUAUUGGAAACGUCUUAAAUGAUCAAGGCAAGUACGAGGAUGCAAUGGAGCAAUACCAAAGGGCGCUUGAGAUCCAAUUGAAGGCACUUGGACCGGACCAUUCCUCGACGGCAGCAACAUAUCACCGUAUUGGAAACGUCUUGAGCAAUCAAGGCAAGUACGAGGCCGCAAUGGAGCAAUACCAAAGGGCGCUUGAGAUCAAAUUGAAGGCACUUGGACCGGACCAUUCCUUAACUGCAAUAACAUAUCACUGUAUUGGAAACGUCUUGAGCAAUCAAGGCAAGUACGAGGAGGCAAUGGAGCAAUACCAAAGGGCGCUUGAGAUCGAAUUGAAGGCCCUUGGACCGGGCCGUUCCUGGACGGCAAUAACAUAUCACUGUAUUGGAAACGUCUUGCGAGAUCAAGGCAAGUACGAGGACGCAAUGGAGCAAUACCAAAGGGCGCUUGAGAUCAAAUUGAAGGCACUUGGACCGGACCAUUCCUCAACUGCAUCAACAUAUCACUGUAUUGGAAACGUUCUGGAAUAUCAAGGAAAAUACGAGGACGCAAUGGAGCAAUACCAAAGGGCGCUUGAGAUCAAAUUGAAGGCACUUGGACCGGACCAUUCCGAUACGGCAAUAACAUAUCACUGUAUUGGAAACGUCUUGAGAGAUCAAGGCAAGUACGAGGCUGCAAUGGAGCAAUACCAAAGGGCGCUUGAGAUCAAAUUGAAGGCACUUGGACCGGACCAUUCCUCGACGGCAUCAACAUAUCACGAGAUUGGAAACGUCUUGAGAGAUCAAGGCAAGUACGAGGCCGCAAUGGAGCAAUACCAAAGGGCGCUUGAGAUCGGAUUGAAGGCACUUGGACCGGACCAUUCCAAUACGGCAGUAACGUACUACUGCAUUGGAAACGUUCUGGAAUAUCAAGGCAAAUACGAGGACGCAAUGGAACAAUAUGAAAGGGCCCUCGUCAUAUUUUCAAAACCAUUUGGACCCAGCCACGCCAACACUGGUCUAACACAUCAAAAGAUUGGAGACGUUCUUCAACAUCAAGGGAAACAUGACAAAGCAAGGAAACAAUUCCAACAAGCGCUUGCUAUUUUGCACAAUACCCUUGGAAAAAAUCAUUGGAGAGUUGCCAUGCUCUACAAUUCCAUGGCCAAAGACUCGGCGCAGAGAGGUGACCAAGACUCUGCUAUGGAUCUUUUGAAGAAGGCGGUCGAGAUUAUGUUGAAGAAUGCACGAGAGGACCACCAAAAUCUCGCCAAGAUCUACAUCACCAUGGCUGACGUAUUAUUGGAGACUCGGCCAUCACUGCUUGAGGAAGCAGUGAAGUAUUAUGACAAGGCUCUUGCGAUUCGAGUCAAGGUCUUUGGAGAAGGGCACAAAUUUGUGAAUGAGGUUUGGCAGAAAAAGAGUGAGCUUCCAUUGUUGGGAUACUCAUGA